AUGGCUUCCCGAAAGAAAGUCCUACUCAAGGUUAUAAUCCUGGGCGAUAGUGGAGUUGGGAAAACGAGUUUGAUGAAUCAAUAUGUGAAUAAAAAAUUUAGUGCGAGUUACAAAGCUACAAUCGGUGCCGAUUUUCUAACGAAGGAGGUUCUUGUCGACGAUAGGUUGGUAACUAUGCAGUUAUGGGAUACCGCUGGACAGGAGCGAUUUCAAUCCCUCGGAGUCGCCUUUUACCGAGGUGCUGACUGUUGCGUACUAGUCUAUGACGUGAAUAACUCCAAAAGUUUUGAUACACUUGACAGCUGGAGAGACGAAUUCUUGAUUCAAGCUUCCCCACGAGAUCCUGAUAAUUUUCCUUUCGUUGUACUCGGGAACAAAAUUGACAUCGAAGGAAACAAAAGAGUUAUAUCAUCUAAACGAGCAAUGACGUUUUGUCAAUCAAAGGGCGGGAUACCCUACUUCGAGACCAGUGCAAAGGAAGCCAUAAACGUAGAGCAGGCCUUUGAGGUGAUUGCAAGAAAUGCUCUCGCACAAGAAGAAACCGAGGAAUUUAGUGGUGAUUUUUCAGACCCAAUCAACAUUCAUAUUGAAAUUGCCAGGGAUGGGUGCCCAUGUUAG